AUGCCCAAACCUGAGAACUUAGAGAGGACAGCAUGGCAGCCUGCCAGCAACCCUGACAGCUUGGAAGAGGAACCCAAUCUACAGCUCCUAUCGCGCUCUCCUCAUCCCUACCACCGCCAGAGCUUCGAGCUUCUCCACCCGACCGACCGCAUCGAAUACACGGGCCGAUCGCGCCUGGCGACGCUGACCGCGAACAAUGACGAGACCGAUGCGUCAAAUCCGCAGCUCCCGAAGGACUCCCCCCUCGCCAGCGAUAGCGGUACUGAGGCCGAUGAUGAGCACUUCCUCAAGGGUCUCCCCGCGCCCAGGGCGAGACUGCAUAAGGGUUUGAGAGGCCGCAAUGAGACAAUAUCAGGAUCUUCGACGCCUCUUCUAUCCCCAUCUAUCCCAGCACAUCAUGUCGAGGAGCUUGGCGAGAAAUUGCCCGAGGCGAUCAAAGGUGAUAAACGCUUCGCCAUCAAUAGAGUCCGCCAGGCCCGCCAUGUUGCGAGAAGAUAUGUGGAGGUUGCCCUGUUGGCUGGUCUCAUCAUGAUGGUGUUGUCCAACCGCAGAGUGCAGCCGAUGAGGAUUCUUAAAGCUCUGUUAUGGGUUGGCGGACUGGGUGUCUUGGUCUUGUGCGGCCAGGUAAUAACCUGGGGAAUAUCCUUGGCGCGUGUGCCGAAGUGGCGUUUUAUGAGAGAGCCUCUUCAGUCUUCUUCGUCAACGCUUGCUCAGCUCAUGCGCCGGUUGCUCUGGCCCAAGAAGUCCCUGCGAAAGGGCGUAGAUAACCGAUCCCGCUCCGCCAACGGUUUGCCUUCCGUCUGGCCCUGGCCCUCUUCGGAAGAAUCGGACCUAGACUCGCCCGUGUCGAGGUACGAUGCUGUGUCCCCGUUUUCGCUGAAUAGAGAGGCGGAGCAAUCGAUAUUACUGGCCAAAACGGGAUCGGAACCCCCUACAAACGGAAAGCCCAUCGGGCGGCGGAAUACAUUUCCCUUUGCUCCCGCUAUGGGUAGGGUUAAGCGGCAGCUCGCGACACAUACGCCGGCGGGGCGCAAGAAGAGAUCGACCUCGAUGUCCGUCCGUGCCUUCUUCAGCUUGACACAGUCACAGGCCGCCGCUAGAAAGUGGUUUUACGCGAGCUACGUCUACCUAUGCAUCAUCGGCAUCGCCCUUGUCGGUAUCCGAACCUAUAUUACCCACUACGCCCUAAAUGGAGCGGAGGCCAUUGGCUGGGCGCUGGGUUACCUCUUUGGAAACAUCAACUGGUUCCGCUUCAAGGUCGUCAGCGAGAACUUAGACGGGUGGAUCUGCCUCCCGCCAAGAACCGACCUUGACGCUGGCCAGUUCUGCCACCAGGGCUGGGUACAGCACAUCCGACUAGAAACCUUUGGCAGCGCUAACACGAGGCUGCUGAUUAUCGGAUACUGGCUCAUGAUUCUCGUCUUCGGUCUCGUCAUCGUGUACCGCCUCAAGGACGUCUACGAGGUCGACACCCGCCGCAAAGUCUUCCACUUUAUGAUGGUCGGCAUGCUUCUCCCGGCCACCUACGUCGACCCGGCCUUCGCUGCCCUCGCCCUCUCCGCCGCCCUAGCCCUCUUCCUCCUCCUCGAUCUCCUCCGCGCGAGCCAGCUGCCGCCCCUCUCGAAGCCCAUCGCUAAUUUCCUCGCGCCUUACGUCGACGGCAGAGACUUCCGCGGGCCCGUCGUAAUUUCUCACAUCUUCCUCCUUAUCGGUUGCGCCAUACCCCUCUGGCUCACCCUCGCCUCGCUCCCGCGCAGCGGUUCCGGCCACCUCGCCGGCUGGGAAAUCCCUACCCGCGAAGUCAGCAUGGUUUCGGGUGUCAUCUGCGUCGGCCUCGGCGAUGCCGCCGCCUCCCUCAUCGGCCGACGAUGGGGCCACCGAAAGUGGGUCUGGGGCGGCGGCAAGAGCCUCGAGGGUAGCGCCGCCUUCGCCACGGCCGUGUUCGUCGGUCUCGUGUCCGCGAGCCUGUGGUUAAGGGUGGGUAGGUGGCCUGUCCCGGAGGGGAAGCUUCUCAGUUGGCCCGUGGAGAUGCGGAACGCCGGGGUUUGCGCUUCCGUGGCGAGCUUGACGGAGGCGGUGUUGACGGGGGGGAAUGAUAAUGUUAUUGUGCCGGUUGUUUUGUGGACUUGCGUCAAGAGUCUGGGGGUUUGA